AUGGGGUACACAUUGUCUUCCUAUACUUCAGAAAAUAAAUUUGAACCUUGGGAAAGAAAGCCUAAUUUCUCAGAGGCUGAGAUCAGUGUCCUUCAAGAUGAAUUCGAGAAGAAUUUCGCAGUCAUUAAUGACAAAUUCAGUAGCGCAGUCAGCAAUAAAAGGAAAACAGCAGUCUGGGCAAAGAUUUCCCUGAUAGUGUCUUCUCUUGGUGUUGCCCAUAGGUCAGCCAAGGAGUGUAAAGACAAGUGGGGCAACACCAAGAAAGAGGCAAAGAAGAUUUUCUCAGUGAAGAAGAGAGACCAUGUAAAAACUGGUGGUGGACCUCAGGCUAAACCAUUGAGUGUGGCAAUAAAUAGAACAAUAGACCUGUGUGAGGACUCUGCUUCCUUCAAGGGCAUAGGAGGUGUAGAAAGCUGCAUUAUUGCUGGUGCAACUGAAGCUACAUUGCCAGAAGAUUCCGAAAUGGCAUGUACAGGAUCCCAGGAUUUGUUUGAGUCAGCUCCUGAAUGUCAAUCUGCCUCCUCACUGCAACCUCCUACACCUCCUUCACCUCAGUCGCCAUCAGUAAUUGCAGGGUUUAUUGGUUACCGGGGAGUACCAAUUGUAGUAAACCCGACUAGACCUGUGUUCUAUGAAUCCCAUGCUGUCCCUAUAGCUACUGCAGCCGCAAAGAAGAGAAAAGCAACAGCAGAGGAUGUGUAUGAGCUUCAGGUGAAUAUAUAACAGUUAAUUAUGUCCGGUAGUAUAAUGUGUCCCCCAUACUUUGUUGGCAAUACAGCUAUUUUUUUAAUAUAUGUACUAGUAGUAAUAUUGAAAAUUGAUUGUUUAAUUAUUUUUUCCUUAACAUCCAGGGACAAAUGUUUCAUGCAUAUUCAGGACGAUUUUCCGAUUUAUAUACUGUCUACACAUAUACAAUUAAGUGUACUCCCACACUGGGAGUGAAGACUUAC